AUGAGGAAAUUUAAUAGACCACAAAAAUGGGUACAUCCAAAAGAUCGGAUCGUAAGAUGGAAGAUUUUUGAGGGAGAUUUAGUUAAAGUAAUAGCUGGUAAAGCAAAAAAUGAAGUCGGAAAAGUUAAGAGUAUUGAUAAAUUAAGUAAUAGAUUGUGGAUUGAAAAUGUUAAUAUGGGCAGAAUGACUGUACCUAAAUUAAAUCCUAGUAAAAUUAAUCCUGAAAAUCAAGAUAAAACUGGUGGCUGGUGGUUGGCUUCUGUUCUUAAACCAAUACAUGUUUCAAAUGUUAUGCAUGUACAUCCUGAUGAUACCGAUGAUGAAAAGAGGGCUGUUCGAUCCGAAUGGAAGAAGGUUGAUAUUGAUGGGAAUGGAACAAUGAGAUGGAGACGUGUAAUUGCUGGAACUAAAAUAAUCAUACCUUUUCCUCAAAAACCAAAGGAACGAGAACGAGAAAAGUCAUCUUUCGAUACAUCAGCGGAGAUUGCUAGAGAAUUAACCUGGGAUAUAAAUUUGGAUCCUCCACUUCCUCCUGGUGUUAUAGAUGAACUACGUACUCCUCAUAAAGGUUGGAGAUACAAUGCGCAACAUAAAAAUCGGCCUUUUAUUUAG